CUGAAAGUCCGCUUUUCGAUUCUUUCACUUCUCAAUUUGUACAAUCCUGCCCACUUGGCGCCCUAUUCGGGGUCCAUUCGAAGAUGAAGAGAAUGCCUGGGUACUCGGGUAGCACCGAGGUAGUGGACAGUGCUGGCAGUGACCAUGAGGAUGCCAUGGGUCAGAAUUUGGUGCACACCCCGCGCAAGAGACGGAGGGAUGUUAUACCACUUAGUCCUUCAGAACUACCUGAAUAUGUUCAGGAUGAAAUUGAUGAUCUGUAUGAUGAUGUACCAGAAGUGAAAAACUUGUUCAAGAUUGUUGAUAAGAUUGGAGAAGGCACAUUCAGCUCUGUGUUUCUGGCCAGGCUCAGGAAAUAUCCGAACGCAGAGCCAUUCGCUCUCAAGCACAUCAUACCCACAAGCCACCCAUCAAGGAUAGAACAGGAGCUGAGCUGUCUACAGGAAAUAGGGGGUGUUGACAAUGUGAUGGGAGUGCGCUUAUGCCUGAGACAGAAAGACCACGUUGUGAUUGUUAUGCCUUAUUUCCCUCAUGACAAAUUCCAGGAUUAUGUACAGGGCCUGAACGUAUCAGAGGUGCGGGACUACAUGUGGAAUUUACUGCUGGCCUUGAGCAGGGUUCACCAGUUUGAUAUCAUACACAGAGAUGUCAAGCCCAGCAACUUUCUAUACAACAGAGCCACUAAACAAUUUGCCUUGGUGGAUUUUGGAUUAGCACACAAAGCUCCUGUUUUAAAAAUGCAGACUGCCGAAAAGGACGGUGUUAAAAGUCAGUCGUCGUCUACCACACGAAGGCAACCUCUCCACGAAACUACUGACAACCAGUGUGUAGCUGAUAAAGCCACGCCCAUCUUGAAAAACCACUCCUCUAAGCCGCCGAUCACUAAACCCAACUAUCAGACUCCGCCCACACCUGAGAUGGGCAAGCUUGGAGCUCUGAGACAGAAGAAAUCCCCACGGCGGUUUCUCUUGGCUCGACGAAUGCUCCUAGCCAAUCAGAAGAUAGGAGAGGGCAAGAAGUGUGACACGGUUCAGGCGCGGCAUAUCGGCAGCCCGAGGCAGAAUUUGGCGGUUACAUGUCAGUGCUAUGGACAACCUAGAGUGUGCAGUCAGUGCACAGGAAGAAGUAACCAGGUUGCCCCUCGAGCAGGAACACCUGGUUUUCGGUCACCUGAGGUCCUCAUGAAAUGCCCAGAUCAGUCUACAGCUGUGGAUGUCUGGUCAGCAGGGGUAAUUUUCCUGUCCUUGUUAAGUGGUCGCUAUCCAUUUUUCCGUGCCAACGAUGACAUGACAGCCUUGGCUCAAAUUGUCAGUGUCAUGGGUAGUGAAGAGGUAAAAGCUGCUGCAAAAACCUAUGGUAAACUUUUAACCUGUAAUCCGUCCAUUCCAAGACUUGACAUAAAACAGAUGUGCACCAAGCUGCGCAGCGUUUCAAACGAAUCCAAGCUUCGCAGCGUUUCCAAGGAUCCCAAACUACACAGCAGGCGUCAUAGUGAUGCGUCUUCAGACAAGGAAAACAAGCCUAAAGAUUUCAGUUUCCCGGACUCUGGCUUCGACCUUUUGUUGCGACUCCUUGAUCUUAAUCCACACACAAGAAUCACAGCUGUGGAAGCACUGCAGCAUCCAUUUUUCCAGUCAGAAGGUGUGGUAGUAUGACACAGGAGCUGAUUAGACAAAUAAUCACAUUAGGAAAAGUUGGGAAUAUGCAAUAUGGGAAUAAAUGCAAGGUUUAAUUCUAAGGAAGCUCCUUCAAUAUGACUUUCUCAAUGAUAACCGUGAGGUUUCAGAUUUCUAAAGGGGGCAAGAAAAGACACAUUAAAUGUAUGUUUGAAACAGAAGAGCCUUUAGCAUUUUGCAAAUACAGUGCACAAUUUUAAUUGGCAUAACAUCAACUACUGGGACGGAUUCCACAAAGCUACUUCUAACUUAAGUCAAAAUUGAAAGACACUCUAAGAUGCUUAGUUUUUGAUACUGGAAGUAAAAAUUCAGACGCGUUUUGUCAUCAGACAACAUUGAUAGGAUGGACCAUAAUUUUAGUUUCUAAUGCUGAAAUAAAAGCUUUAAGAUUUUUAAGUUGUGAAAUUGGCCCCCAGACCUGCUUGCAUGAAAUCCUCUUAUUAUUACCUGAACUUAACUACCAUGGCAACCAGGUAAUUUUCCUCUUUUUAUCAAGAGAACAAAAAAAUAGAAAUCCUAUUAACUUUAUAGGAACCUUGACUGUCUUAGUACAUCAGGGGUCGAAGUAGAAAAAACAUUUUUGGGUGCACUUCGGCAGCCACAUUUACAAAGUGGCUGUACAGGUACAUUUUCUUGGGUGCUCAGGCUAAAAGGUGGGUGCGAUAUGUGCACCCUUUAUCUACUGGAUAACUUUGAAAAAGCAAAGAGGCAAGUGGAACUGAAAGUUGAUUAUUAUGAAAGGAACACAGGUUUAUCAUUCAAAUAACCACAAAACAAUACUGCCCUCGCCAGAAUACGUGUGCAUGUCUGUACAAUAAAAAUUUCAGUGUGUGUCAGCAUAAUAACCCGGUACAUAUAUCAGUCUGUUUAUAGCUGUCAACUAAGCUGCAGGCAACUUCGUGUUUGAGUGAGCUAUGCCAUAACAGUGCUCCAGCUGUUUUGUUGUGCAGUGAAGUGCAGCACUUUCAUGUUGGAGCUACGUUGCAUUUAUGAGUUCUUCCUGUAGUAUUUUGGCACUGAUUGAUAGUUGUCAUUGAAUGAAAGCUUUAUUUUGCACUUUUUCACCGUCUGUGGUGUCCUAAUCUAAUCUAACAAGAUAAUUUAUUAUCUUCAUAUCAAAAAAAAAAUCUUUCAUGGUCUAAAACUCAUUUAGAACAUCGCUGUGGGGAAUAUAAGAAACAAAAUGGGAAAAUUCAAACAUGCAAUUGUAUGUUCUUAAUAUCUCAAAACAUUUAACGUUUUUCCGUGCGACACAUUUUGCUUGAUAUUGACUGCGUCAUCUCACUUAUAGGGCUCCUUAAGAGAUUUUACUGAACUGAUGAAUUUCUAAUCAGAAAAAUGUAUUUGUAUAGAAGAUAUCCGUUAAAGGCCUUUAUGUGCCUCUGGAAGUGUGUUCUGACAAUCCAAACCUUAAGUGAAAUGAAGUAAGUAGUUGGAGAAAUAUGCAACGAUUGAAGAGAUGUAAACUCAUAAUUAACAAAACAAAAAGAGAUAAAAUUUUUUUUUUUUUUUUUUACAAAAAGUUGCUAGGCAACUUUUGUUGACAUUAAUAUACGGAUCACUUAUCUCACCGUGUUCAGAGGCAGAGUUGACAUCUCUCUUCGUUUGAAACUUCCCGAGUUCACAAACGUUCAGCUUCUUCAUUUUUCCAUCAUUCGUCUACUCUAAACAACUUUUUGUGAACUUUUUCCAAACACCCAUGUUAUAGUAAAUGCGACCAGUGGUAAUUGUCUAACAUAUCUGAUAGGUCACGUCACUUUUUUUUAUUUUACCUGUAGCGAUAAGAGUUCUAUCCAGAGACUCCUCUAGUGCCAGAACAGUGGUAAAAACAAUUGUAUGUUGAUCUGCAUAUAUGUUAUUCAUCAAAAUUACAUUUCUCACUUUCAUACGCACAUGUCCCAUUGACAUGAACCUUUAAAAUCCUCUUUAUGCAAAUUCCAUCUGUCUGUUACAUAUUAAUAUACAUGAGCAUUGUAGUGGAGAGCCAAGAAAUAAAGUUAAGGUGAAAAAGAAGGUUAUCUCUUCUGCACUGAAGUCUGAAAAAAAAAAAAAAAACAGUCUGUACUAUGUGAGUUCAUGCGAUAAAUUGUGCUACAAACAAGUGACGGCCAUGAUACAGUUAGUAUUUGUUUCAUAAAGUCGUAGCUUGUCUUAAAUUUCCAUGUGAUGAACCACAGGCACUUAGAAUCGAUCAAUAAAAUAAAAAUACAAAAUUCUUGUUACAUAUGUAUAAAUGUUUAAAGAGGCUUUAUUUAUGACCAAUCAGAAUCCAUAAAAAUAGCCAAUCCUGUUUGGGGGUAUAACUGUUCAGUACAUUUAAGCCUGAUUCAGACUUUAUGCUCAAGUUUGAAGUUUUGCAUUAAGAAUUGUCAUGGAGCUAAACUGAACAUUUCUGAAGUGCAGUUGUACAAUUGUGUUAAAUGUCAAGAAUGAGAGGCUGUUGGAUCAGGGUUUUUUUUUUUUUUUUCAACACGACCAGUGUUGCAUGUGCUCAGAACUGGAUAGACAUGUGUAUUGUAGUAUUUUGUUUUUUUACUCUGAUCGGUCCCAAGUGCCUGUGGUGAUGACAACAUUUUGCAUCUUCUUGUAGAAAAUCUGUGCGAUGUUUGAGAACAUAUAGACUUGAUGUUUUUUUCCUGAGUGUGUAAGCUAGCACAGGUGCCUGCCCUCGUAGCUUGUAUCCUAGCUUUAUAAUAUGCUACUGCAAUAGCAAAGACGUCACACAACAAGGGCAGGCGCCUGUGUUGUAAGGUUGCAAAAAAAAAAACAGCAUAGGAGUGUGAAUUUCUCAGAUAUAAAGUUUGGGAUCAGCUUUUGUUUCCCCAAGUGUUCAAGCCAUUUGGCCUCAUCAUUUUCAUAGUGGUAGCUGAUUGUGGCAGAUGUUGUUUUUGAAGCUUGUCUUUUGAAGGUGUAGGUUCAAUCCUAGCCUUGGACAGGGAAUUUGUAGAUUCCACUGGUUUUCACCAUUGUAAUGUGCAACUCUGUAUAUAUGUCACACAUGGGAAAGGUUGUCAGUAACUUGCCAAAGGUAGAUGGUUUAUCUCCCUUAAAACUAAAGUCAGUGAAAAAGUUUGGUGUACUAGGCUUGAAACAACAAAUGAAAUAAAAAAAAAAAAUCUCACAGUAGUUGUAAACUGUGAUAUUCUGUUAUGCAUGAAUAUGGCGUGCAUCUUGUAGGUCACGAGAGCUAUUUAUUUGUUCAACACAGGCAACAUAUUUUUGUACAGAACUAUUUUUAUUGCCAAUGAAUUAUCAAAAUGUUACGACACUAAUUUAUCAUUUAACUUGGAAUAAAAACACCCCUUUAU